UCUGUAGAUAUAAUCUUAUAAAUUAAGGAUGAUACACCGCCUUCCCCUAACUUUUGAUAUAAUUACAUGUGGCCUCCAUAUAAUUUGAAAAACUACAUCUAAAGCCUCUAACAUUUGUUUACGACUAACAAAUAACUUCCUCUGUAGUUAAAAUUCAUCCAAUUUGCAAAUCAAACAUCAAGAAUACGGACAUCUAAGAAUAUUGCUAUAAAAGACCAUUCUUCACAUUUUAUUCCCUCAUUUCCAUCAGCAAAAAAUUUCAAAUCUUUCCCCUUCUCCUUCGUUCUCUCUGUUCUUACUCUCAUUCAUCAUCAACCAUCGGUUACUCCAAAACAAGACCUUUUCCGCUCCAUUAAUCCUCUUUUUCCGCUAACUGUUGCUCAAAUUUUUGUGCUUAAUUUCAGUUUGAAUUUUCUUCCACUAUUCUUCUGCCUUUUCACGUGAUACCACAAGUCGUUGAAUGACCUCAAAAAUCUCAGAACCCGUUAAAUUGUCUGUUCAUAUAACCACCACCACCAAGUCGGUUUCUCCAGCGUCUUUGAAGAAUCAUCCAAGCGGCGGCGGUGGUUUCAGCCCCAAAACGCCGCGUCUAGUGAGGAUUCUAGUUACUGAUCGCGAUGCUACGGAUUCUUCAAGUGAUGAAGGCGAAAGUCUCCGUCGGGUGAAGAAGCAUGUGAAUGAGGUUAGGAUGGUGAGGGUGAGUGUUUAUCCCGACAGAAACGAUGGAGAGAGUAGCAGAAACUUGACGAAGAAAAAGAGGCCGCCGUCACUGCCGCAUGAAGCGUCGGCGGAGCCUUUAGUGGGGGGGAAGGGGAAGAAGUUUCGGGGAGUAAGGCAGCGGCCCUGGGGGAAAUGGGCGGCGGAGAUACGUGAUCCGACUCGGCGGACUAGGGUUUGGCUAGGGACUUAUGACACUGCAGAGGAGGCGGCGACGGCUUAUGACAGGGCAGCGAUUCAAAUACGAGGUCCGAACGCCGUGACCAAUUUUACAAAACCACCGGAGGCUGAUGUGACGUGUGUUUCCGGGUAUGAAUCGCGCAAGGAGGAGUGGUGUGAGAAUCUACGCUCGCCCACCUCUGUUUUGAAGAUUAAUACUAAUAGUGCAACAUUCGUCCGGUCCGAAUUUAAAAACAUUAACAACGAUAUGGAUCAGUUAAACCCGACAAACUCAUGUUCAAAAGUCGAACCCGCCCCAGCCCCGAUUGGAAGAAGCAGCGAAGGAGAUUUUUUUAUAAAUGAUUGUGCAGUAUGGGAUCAAUAUUUUUCGAAUAAUUAUUUUGAUUUUAGAUCCCCAACGCCAUUAAUUUACGAUGAAAUUAGGUUAGAGGAGGAUUUUAUUGAGUUGGGUGAUGAUUUAGAAUCCUUAACAUGGGAUGUGGAUGAAUUGUUUGUGGAUGGUUUUUGGUAAGUCUGAGAAUGACAUGGAAUUUAUGGUA